UGUUUGUCUGGUUUGGCGACAAAAGGCGUUUUGGUCCAACCGCGCUGAUAACAGCUGACGGAUGUGUGGUUGUCGACACAAGGGAGGAAAAGCUCGUCAAUGACGGCAUUCGUAGCAAGAUGACGUCGCCAUUGAGAUGUCUGAUUAUACCAGGGAUACUAAUAUUUAUCAACUUACCGUCCACAUAUCAACAAGAAGUUUUUCAGCUCACCAUGAAAAAUAUCACGGCUGCGCCUGGCGGGAAUUACAAUUUCGACGUUCAAGUCGUUACUGGAGUCACAGGCGACGGAGAGUGGUCCAAGGACGGCACCCCACUCUCCCCUGUACACGGCAAACUGAUGAUUACCGUCACUGGCCAAUAUCGCCAGCUGUUCGUAUUUGACCUCGCAGCAUCUGACGGUGGAAGAUAUACCUACACUAUACAGGGCCGGUCCACGUCCGCCUAUCUCACAGUGGCAGGAGCUUCAGGUCCAGUGGACGGGAACUGGGGGGAGUGGACACAGUGGAGUAGUCCCUCCUGUCCUGCCACGUGUGGUCCUACAGCCAGAGGCCCCGUCUACAGAUCCAGGACCUGUACUAACCCAGCUCCCAGCAGUGGUGGAGCUUCCUGUCCGGGUCAAAGCAGUCAAAGUGAUACUCAAGAGUGUGGACCCACUACCUGUGCCACUGCAGUUAACGGGAACUGGGGUCAGUGGACACAGUGGAGUGGUUCCACCUGUCCUGCCACGUGUGGUUCUACAGCCAGACGCUCCCUCUCCAGAUCCAGGACCUGUACUGACCCAGCUCCCAGCAAUGGUGGAGCUUCCUGUCCGGGUCAAAGCAGUCAAAGUGAAACUCGAGAGUGUGGUCCAGCUACCUGUGUGACGUCUAUCUUUGCACGGCAACUGUUGGACGUGACUCGGUUCGUUGGUGGACAGGUGUUAUUCCAGGUGGACCUUACUCAGUCAGGUGUCACAGGUGUCUGGACAAAGGACGGUGUCACGAUAACCGCAGACGCCAGGCAUCAGCUUGUUCCAAGUGGCAAUUCUCAGAUUCUGUAUAUCACUGGUCUACAAGUGUCCGACUCUGGGCAGUAUUCCUUCACUGCUAAUGGAGAGACGACCUCAGCCCAGUUGACAGUUCAAGGCUCAAACACACCAGUAAACGGGAACUGGGGUCAGUGGACACAGUGGAGUGGCCCCUCCUGUCCUGCCACAUGUGGCUCUACAGCCAGACGCUCCCUCUUCAGAUCCAGGACCUGUACUAACCCAGCCCCCAGCAAUGGUGGAGCUUCCUGUCCGGGUCAAAGCAGUCAAACUGAUACUCAAGAGUGUGGACCCACUACCUGUGCCACUGCAGUUAACGGGAACUGGGGUCAGUGGACACAGUGGAGUGGUUCCACCUGUCCUGCCACGUGUGGUCCUACAGCCAGAGGCCCCGUCUCCAGAUCCAGGACCUGUACUGACCCAGCCCCCAGCAAUGGUGGAGCUUCCUGUCCGGGUCAAAGCAGUCAAAGUGAAUCUCGAGAGUGUGGUCCAGCUACCUGUGUGACGUCUAUCUUUGCACGGCAACUGUUGAACGUGACUCGGUCCGUUGGUGGACAGGUGAUAUUCCAGGUGGACCUUACUCAGUCAGGUGUCACAGGUGUCUGGACAAAGGACGGUGUCACGAUAACCGCAGACGCCAAGCAUCAGCUUGUUCCCAGUGGCAAUGCUCAGAUUCUGUAUAUCUCUGGUCUACAAGUGUCCGACUCUGGGCAGUAUUCCUUCACUGCUAAUGGAGAGACGACCUCAGCCCAGUUGACGGUUCAAGGCUCAAACACACCAGUUAACGGGAACUGGGGUCAGUGGACACAGUGGAGUGGUUCCACCUGUCCUGCCACAUGUGGUCCUACAGCCAGACGCCCCGUCUCCAGAUUCAGGACCUGUACUAACCCAGCUCCCAGCAAUGGUGGAGCUUCCUGUCCGGGUCAAAGCAGUCAAAGUGAAACUCAAGAGUGUGGACCCACUACCUGUGGCACUAUUGAAUCCGGGCUGAGGAAUAUAUCUGUCCCAGUCGGUCAAGCCGUGGUCUUGCAGGUCAUCGUGACCCAGCCAGGUCUCGCGGGGGCGUGGCAACGUGAUGGUGUCAGAAUCACUGGAGGUUCCAGAUAUCAGAUCACUUCUCCUGGCAAGAACCAUAUUUUCUUGAUCAGCAAUGCUCAGGUGUCGGACUCCGGACGUUAUACACUCACGGUCAAUGGGGACGUGACAUCCGCAUGGUUAACAGUUUCAGGUGCAACAAACGGAAACUGGGGUGCGUGGACACAGUGGAGUAGUCCCCCCUGUCCUGCCACGUGUGGUCCUACAGCCAGACACAACGUCACCAGAACCAGGUCCUGUGAUAACCCAGCUCCCAGCAAUGGUGGAGCUCCCUGCUCUGGUCAGCCUGGACAAAUUAAUGAAGUUGAGUGUGGGCCGGUAAAUUGUGGGUCCUCUAUAUUCACUUCUAAACUGGAGAACGCCACGAGAAGAGAAGGUCUUCAGAUGCUCUUCCAGGUCGCGUUGACACAGACAGGUCUAACAGGGGUGUGGCAGAAAGACGAUGGCGCAAUUACUGACCCCCGAAUUCAGACAUCAAACGUUGGUAACAGCUACCUGUACAUACAAAGCGUCCAGGUGUCUGACAGCGGCAAAUACUCCUUCAAAGUCCGCGGGGAGACGACAACAGCUUGGCUCACUGUUACAACAGUUUCAGGUGCAACAAACGGAAACUGGGGUGCGUGGACACAGUGGAGUAGUCCCCCCUGUCCUGCCAUGUGUGGUCCUACAGCCAGACACAACGUCACCAGAACCAGGUCCUGUGAUAACCCAGCUCCCAGCAAUGGUGGAACUCCCUGCUCUGGUCAGCCUGGACAAAGUAAUGAAGUUGAGUGUGGGCCGUCGACUUGUGUUGAUGGCGGAGUGUCCGAGUGGAGCAGCUGGAGCAAUCCCUCCUGCCCCGCUACCUGUGGCCGUGCAGUCUUCCAUACUCAGAUACGCAGCAGAACAUGCAACAGCGGCAGCACCUGUACACAGUCAUUAGAGGAGACCAGGACAGUUAUUUGUAUGGACAGUUUUUGUCCAGUUGAUGGCGGGUUUACUCAGUGGAGCAUGUGGACCACAACAACUCCCUGCACGGAGACAUGUGGACCUGACGUCAUGAAGACACUCAUCCGCACCCGGACAUGCACCAACCCAGCCCCGUCGUUCGGGGGCAGUGACUGUGUGGGCGACACCCAGCAGACAUCGCAGGAGAAUUGUAACCUGCCAGUGUGCGGUGCCAUUCAGUCCCAGCUGCAGAGUCAAUCUGCGGUCCCUGGUGGGGCGGUUGUCUUUGAAGCAGCCUUGAGCCAAGACAACGCUGUCGGCUACUGGCAAAAGAAUGGCAACACACUUACUAAUUCAUCUAAAACGCGUAUCGAAUCAAUUGGGCGGACCCAGAGGUUGACAAUCUCCAAUGUACAGGCGUCUGACGUUGGCAACUACUCCUUCGUCGUCAACGGCGAGACGACGACUGCUGCUCUCACUCUUCGAUCCACAACCCCUGUCGAUGGCGGCUUCAGUGAAUGGGGCAUGUGGACCAGUGGUCAGUGUUCAGUGACGUGCGGAGACGGGAUGACGACGGACACAAGAAGACGCACGUGCACCAGUCCUUUGCCUCAGAACGGAGGUCAACCGUGUUCAGGGCCAACGUCAGAGACUAGAACAACUCCAUGCACCAUGACAUGUACAGUGAAUGGGGGUUACACUCUCUGGAGCGACUGGGUCAGGGGCUCUUGCUCAGGUUCUUGUGAUGGCGGAACACAGACAGACACAAGAACUCGCUCAUGCACUAAUCCCCGACCACAGAACGGCGGCCUACAGUGUUCAGGGCCGUCUUCCGAGACCCGGACAAUAUCAUGUAUAAUGCCCGGAUGUGAAGUUGAUGGUGGUGAGACUGAGUGGGGGUCCUGGGUCAACAGAUCCUGCUCGGUAACCUGCGGUAAGGGGGCAACUAGGACUACGGACAGACACCGGAACUGCACCAAUCCGGAACCGAAGAAUCGAGGUCGCGCCUGUGUACUCCACCUGUAUGAAUCUAAAGUGGUGAACUGUGGACUAGGUGAUUGUCCGUCAACGGGAAAAAGCUCUUCUUUCACACUGGAGAGAGACGGUUUGUACAUUGGUCUGAUCGCCGCUAUUAUCGCCAUCGGCGUCUGCCUCAUCAUCAUCAUUGUCGCCUGUUGCUUGUGGAACUGCAGAAAAGAACCGUUACCCAAGAAAAAUGACCACUUGCCAAAACCCAUCACGAGGCAGAUAAGAUGAAUUCUUUUGAACUUGAGAGUAUUUCCCGAAGCCAGCCAGACUAUGUUCCCAGAGGGAAAUAUAUGGACCCCAGUUUCAAUGGCGCAGUGAGAUCAUGAGGUGACAUCGUAUGCAGCACAUAUAGGGUUCCUUGACGAGGACUAUAGACAACGAAUUAAAAUCAUUUGCUUCUUCAGUGAAUAUGUUCUGAAUAUGUUACCUGCUGGUCAUUGCUUAUCACAUAUCAUAGGAGUCUCACUGACACACUUUACAAGGAGAAGCAGAUGCAAGCUGGCAAAGGGUGUAUGUACAUCACGUGAGGUCGGACGCUGCCUGACCUAUUUACUUUCCCACCAAAGUUGGUAAAUGAGUAAAGACAGUGGGAUAAGGACAGUGUGUGCUACGAUAUUAUUUAUGAGAAAUAUCAGUUGAAUGUAACGACAGGUUACAGCUACAUGCAUUUUUAAGAUUAAUACAUCAAUAUUUCGGUACAUAUUGUUUGUGUUCAUUAUCAUUUUGCUAUUGUCCUGUAAAACCCUGCGGGUGUCACAUGUCACUCUUGUCACAUGUCAAAUGGGUCACUAGUUGGUCACAUUAGUUACAACCUGGUCAUAUGUGUGAUUGUUUGUGUUGGUCACAAGUUGGACACAGACAACGCAGCCAUUAUUUAGAUUGUACAGUCACAGGCCGCACGUUAAAUAUAUCAAAGCAAGAUAAUCUUGAUCAUCCGCCGAAACAAAUUGCAUUUGGCACAAAGGACAAAAUAGUUGUGAAAAUUAUGUGAAUGGUCCACUGAAAUUCGUAAAAGUACGUGUGUCUGUGACAAAAUAGAAACACGUAAUACACGUGAUUCAGGAUAUGCAUUUGACUACUGGAAAGGAACGUGUCUCUAAUACAGGGUGGAAUAGAAUGUGGCUCUAAUACAGGUUAUGCCUCCAACCAACGGAACACGUGAUACAGGAUCUGCCUCUAACCAACGAAACACGUGAUACAGGAUCUGCCUCUAACCAAUGGAACACGUGAUACAGGAUCUGCCUCUAACCAACGGAACACGUGAUACAGAAAGUGUCUCUGACCAACGGAACACGUGAUACAGGAUCUGCCUCUAACCAACGGAACACGUGAUACAGAAAGUGUCUCUGACCAACGGAACACGUGAUACAGGAUCUGCCUCUAACCAAUGGAACACGCCCUAAAGGAUCUGCCUCUAACCAACGGAACACGUGAUACAGAAAGUGUCUCUGACUUAUGGAAACUAAACGUUAUACAGGAUGUUCCUGUGACCAAUGGAAACACGUAAUACUAUGUUCUUCUGACCAAUGGAAACACGUUAUACAGGAUGUUCCUGUGGCCAAUGGAAGCACGUGACACAGAAUGUUCAUCUGACCAAUGGAAACACGUGAAACCAGAUGUGCCUCUGACCAAUUGAAACACGUAUUACAGGAUGUAACUAUGACCAACAAUACCCUUCUGUUUUUCCUUCUGUCUAUCCUGGACAGGACGCUAUAUAUUUGCUGCCUUCCGAGACGUGUUACACACCUUAUUCCCCAUGUUAAUGUUAGACAUGAAUAAUGUCUGUCUGUCGGAAAAAUAUUGGAUCAAUGUCGUAUGUGGAUUUUUAUAUACUUGCUAUAUAUAGAAUUUGUUGUCAUUGUAGAACUGCAUACAGAAUAUUUUCAUUUAUGUCCUUUUUAAAUAUUUUCAUUUUUACGUAGAGUGUGAAUGCGAUUGAUGGAUGGUGUUGCUUGUUAAUACAUAUGUAAAUUAUAUUUAUGCUACCAUAUUUAUAAAAUCUUUAAUUCAA